UUUUCCCCGUGUCAAAGUACAGGUCUAACAUUUGUGUUGUAUCAAAGUUCGAGGUAGUUUAUGCUAUACAAAAAACAGACGAGAUGAAAACUCUCAAAGGAAAGAUAUGUCUGGUAACUGGAGCAACCCGAGGUAUAGGUCGUGGUAUUGCACUACAGCUGGGCGAGGCUGGAGCAACAGUAUAUAUCACAGGUCGCACACUGACCACUCCACCUGACGAUCCUGUAGGUGGCAGUUUAACAGACACAGCAGCUGAGAUAGAAAAACGUGGCGGCGAGUGUAUCCCUAUCCAGUGUGACCACAGUAAAGAUGAGGAUGUCAAGAAACUCUUCGAGCGAGUCAAGUCGGAGCAGAAUGGAAAGCUAGAUCUUCUCGUGAACAACGCUUAUGCAGCGGUUUCUGCAAUAGCUGAUCACUACAAGGUUCCAUUUUGGGAGCAGCCAUUAGACAUUUGGGACACAGUUAAUAAUGUGGGAUUGAGAAACACUUAUAUGUGUGCUGCACAUGCUUCCAAGCUGAUGGUUCCCUCUAAACAAGGCCUCAUUGUGAACAUUUCGUCGGCUGGUGGACUAGUCUACCUCUUCAAUGUGGCAUAUGGUGUCGGCAAAGAAGCGUGUGACAGGAUGGCUGCUGAUUGCUCCGUGGAACUGAAGAAACACAACGUAGCGUUUGUUAGUCUGUGGCCAGGACCGGUGAAAACGGAGAAAUUACUGUACAAUUUCCAAAUCAACAAGUACGGAGAUGGAAGUGAAAGUGCACAUCUUAAGGAAUUCUUUUUAAAUCAUGGUGAAUCAACAGAAUAUGCAGGAAAAUGUAUCGUCCAUCUAGCCAGUGAUCCCAACAUUAUGAAAAAGUCGGGUCGAAUCCUGCUGGCUGCCGAUGUCGGUGAUGAAUACGGAUUUGUUGAUAUUGAUGGUCGGACACCCUACAACAUGAGAUGUAUCUCCGACUUCCUAAAGACGAUGAAGAUGAACUGGCUUGCCUGGAUCACACCACGAUGUUUGAAACUGCCUCUGUGGGUCUUGCCCUUGAUGGGAAACAAGUUCAAAACUCCCUCAGUGUACACAAUGGAGAAAUAAAACCUCCUUCUCAAAGGGACUGUCCUGAGUUUGCAGCCAUUGUAAGAUAUUUCGGACUAACCGAGUCUGUUUGGCUACUAAAAUUAAUUAUUAUCCGUAUAUUAUCCAACAUAACCAAUUUAAUAAAACACAUGCGAAGCACAGAGUAAUAACAAUUGUGAUGACAUAAUUUUGGGAAGCAACAUCAUAGCUUAGACUAACUGGCCUUGGUGGUGUCGUGGUUAGGCCAUCGGACAUAAGGCUGGUAGGUACAGGGUUUGCAACUUGGUACCGGCUCCCACCCAG